AUGUUAACAUCCUCAUUGUUUUAUAAAGAUACGGCAUCACAACAUAAUGUAUUUGGCAAAAAUUCAACCAACUCAGGAUACAAGAAGCGACACGAAAUUUGUGCUAAAAGCAAUUUAAUGGAUUUAAUAGGACCUCUUCAUUUUGAUUUAGCUACUCAACCGAAGCUACUGAUUAAUGGUGUUAAUGUGCGCAUCAAAUUAGAACAAAACAAAGACAUUUUUUCUUUGAUGUCCAAAGACGACGAAUUUAAAACUGUGAUUCAUUCUGCAAAAUUAUACGUUCGUAAGGUAAACGUCUCACCUUCCGUUUUUCUGGCGCAUGAAAAAGCGUUAGAAAGUGGCGUGAUUAAAAUGCCAAUACGUCGAAUAGAAGUUAAGACCUUUGCUCUAUCAUAUGGACUACAAUCGACAACAAUAGCGAAUGAAUGCAUUUAUUGGGCAGCUACCAACGCGCAUCAUUUUAGGUUUUUUUUAUCAAAUGAAGCAUAUAACGGGAAUGUUUCAAAAAAUCCUUUUCAAUUUUCUCAUUAUAAUUUAAAUUAUCUCUGUAUAUUAAAUGGGAGUCAAAUGAUUCCUUCUAAGCCUCUCCAACCUGAUUUUCAACAGGAUUGUUAUGCAAGAUGUUAUAUGAAUCUUUUUACUGAUUUAAACCGUUACCAUAAUUUUCAGAAUAUUAACAUUAAUUAUGAGGAAUAUAAAAAUGGAUAUACGCUUUAUGUUUUUGAUUUGACUCCUGAUUAUGCGGCAAGUGAAUCACAUACAAGCGUGAAUAAAAAUGGAAAUAUCGGAAUCGAUAUAAAGUUUUCCCAUAGUUUACCAGAGACAGUCACUUUAUUGGCAUUUGCAGAAUAUCGUAAUGUCAUAGAGAUUGAUAAAUCUCGAAGUGUAUUUACGGAUUACUAA